AUGAACUCCAAUUUGGAAGAUGUACACCAACAUUGUGAAGCGAACCUGGAGACUGAGUCUUCCCAGAAAAAAGCCAGUUAUUCUCAUGGGGGCAACAAGGCAAGUUUUGUGAAAAAUGAAGCACUCAACAAAAAGAGGUAUGCCAUUAGUCGCUCUGGAAAUACGCCAGGCAGAGUAAAGCGAGUCCUGUCGUUUAAGAGAAAGACUCAUCAUUUAGUGGUGGCUCGGAAAAAGCCCCAAAGUUCCGGAAGGACUCAUGAUGCGGCAAAGAAAGACAAUAAGAUGACGGCCACAAGGAAUAUUCAGCAGGAGAUGUUUGACGCGGACCCUCCGAUGUUGAGGACAAAUACUAAUCACGAUACCGGGAGAAGUGGAUCUCAAACAGAUGAAUACUUGAAACUUGCUGAGCUCACGAGGGAUCACAGCACAAUAACUGAGGUGCUCCUGGGAAGAAACCUGAGACUGAAAGUGGCCUUAACACUGUGGAAGAGACAUUUUGGAGAGUUGAUAACAUAUUUUCAGAGAAUCCAAGAUACCAGUGUCUUCGUUGACAUGCUCCCUCUCAUAAGCAAACGCAUGGAUGAUGACUCUUCCAACAUAACCAUCGGCUGUUGUGUGGACCUGUUCCCACUGGUUCACAAUAUCCUGAUCAGUCCUUAUGAAGCAUACGUCAGCGUCGGUUUAAUGUGGAUCAAUUCUGUUUUAAAUCGAUGGUGGGAACAGCUUAAAGCAAGUGGCUACACUGGAUCUGCCGAGUCUGGUUUGGAUAAGAACUUCCCGGUCUUUAAUCAGCAAUUGCUGGAGUUAUGGCAUCAAGAGCCUAAACUGAAGUCUUUUCCUGGAGCUGCUGGAGACAUGGCAAAGGUCAUUGAUUCUUUCCUGUCUCAACUGACUUUCCAUCCAUGA